CUACCUCCAUGGUUAUCUUACUCUUAACUCAGUUUACAAAAACAAUAUACACUAGAGAAUAAUAAUUAUUAACCAGCAGCCGGAUUCAAACAUUUGCUAUCGCAAAAUUUGAUAGCCAAACAUCUCCCAAAGAAUAGCAGGCACCCCUAACCACACGCGCAACGUCUAGUUUAAUUCCCAACUACUCCAUGUUGCAUACUUUUAGGACCCACCGCUUUUAAUUUAGAGAAUUUAGCGUCAAAACUUAAGCGUAGCCUAUGGUUAGAAUUUUACUGCAGAUUACUUGAUAAUCAUGCUGGUGUGAAUUACCCAAUUGUAUGAAGCAACGUAUAUCGUACGGUAUUUUGCCUUUUGAGCAGACCUUGUUGCCACAUGCAGCACAUGGUAUCAUUAUAAAAAUACAUCCCUGAGGUUUUUGCUUCAUAGUAUUGCCAAGCGUCGUUGCGAAAAUCAGCCACUACUAUCAGCACCGUGAACACUCCUUUAUAUAAAAGUUAUCUGCUUAUUUUUACGCAGUUGUGGUUAGAGCAAUAAACAUAGGAAUAUACAUAAAUACUGUAUUUGAUUGUUGGAAACCAAACAAAUAAUCACAUUUGUAGCUAUACAUGUAUGCAUGUAGAUAGCGUGCUAUUACAACAACAAUAACCAACCAAGUAACCCGAUAACCAUGAAAGCGUGAAUAAGCAAACUGAGGAAUAAUAAUCGACGCGUACUUACAUACAUACAUAUGCAUGCUUGUUUACCGGCUGUGUAGUUGUGUAUCUGCUUAUUUGGAGUGCUCCAAAGAAUUAAAAUGAGCGACGCGCCUAAUAAAAUAAUAAGAAAAAGGAAACGGGAGAACGAAACAAAGAAAUGGACGAAUCAAGAAACAAGGAUGGUUUUAACAUACAUGCAGAUGCACAGAAAUAUUGAGAAACCCACUGCCAGGAUUUACUACGAAAAACUUAUUGAACAUACCAACAUUGAUGCCACCUGGAAUACAUUGAAGUGUAAAAUUCGCCACCUUAGAGUCAUACUUCAAAAAGCAAAUGAUUUGUUAAUAUCCGCAGCCACUGGAAAGGAUGGUGAUGACUGUGACACUAUCAAAGAUAAGAUGUUGCAAAUAUGCCCAUAUUACGAUCAACUCUCCGAUAUUUUUCCGUUGGCCACGGCAAGCGAGUUUCCGCUUAUGGCCACACCAAAGUUAGAAGUUUUAAAUUAUAGUCCAGUGGAUGGUAGUGACAGUAAUAAUUUUAAGAUGAGCGCUUGUGAAGACAAGACUUUUUUGUUUUACGAUGAACCGACCACUUCGUCGGAAACGAACACUUUUGCUGGCAAAGUUAAAUGCACGGCACACAAUUGUUGUGUUAACAAUCCGGCCGAAACGGAGGCUGAAUGGAUUAAGUUUCGAAUAGAGAAGCUUCAAUUUGAGAAGCAAAAAUUCGAGUGGUCGAAGGAGUUUGAAGAAAAGAAACUCGAGUUGGAAUAUAAAAAACAAAGAGAUGAAUUUGAGCUAAGGAAACUAGAACUGGAGCAAAAUGAACGACUAAAGAUGUUUGAAAUAGAAAUUAAAUAUAAACAAGAAAAUAAAAAUGCAGUAAUUUAAAAUAACUAAAAAAUGGGAAUAUGAGAUGCUUGUCCCGAAUAUUCCGCUGAUGCCCUGGAAUUCAUCUAUAGUCAGCGUGGACAUCCAUUAAUAGUGCUGCACAAUUACCUCUAUCGUAAGAAUCGCGGUCGUUAUUGGCGUUGUUUGCGCUGCACAAAAUAUCAUUGCAGAGCGCGCCUAAUUUUUUCACCAAAACAUACUGUACGUGUUUUCGGUGUGCACACACAUGGCAAAGAGACGGACAAAAUCGAGUGGGGACGACAAAUUUGCAACGAACUGAAAAGUACUUGCCACAAUGGACUCGAUUUAAGUUCGAAAGUGAAGUUAUCUAUACGACAACCGCAUUUCAAAACAGACGACGAUUCGAAUGCAUCCAAUGCGCCUAGCGAAGAUUCGUUCCCGAAUGAAACCGAUACGGUCACACAAGAUGAUGCAAGAGUCGAUGCAGGACUUUAUAUGAAUAUACAGACCCAAUACGUUGAUAAUUGUUUACAGCUUCAACUUACGGAUAAAUAAAAAUAUGUUUUUUUCUAAAUAAAUCACAACCACAGGAGGUCAGAGAUGUUGUCGGUUCAUUGCAGAAACAUUGGGCGUCAAAUGCCCCGUCUAGCUUGUUCACUAAUGACAGCUAUGCAAUGCCCUUUCCAUUAGGUGUGUGGCUGGAAAAUCUGGAGAUCUUUUAUGUACGCAAUCAAAAACAGGGCUAUAAUCUUAUUUUCAAUGGAUAUAUGUACAAGAAAGAAGCCAGUUUUCGUGCGACGACAAAUUGGAUUUGUUCAAGCGGCAACGGUAAGCGUGUGUCGGACAACAAAUGUACAGCACGUUGCAUAACUAAGUGGGAUGGUUCGGUAAAAUUGGGCAAACACUCGCACAACCAUCCGCCCAAAUUUACGCCGAAAACGAUGCCACCAAAUGCGUUGACCAGAGCAGAGUUUUCCUUGACGUUGUAAAGCAAAUGCGUUCGAUCAUCAGGCAUUUACAUUACUUUUAUCACGCAAAACAAAUUUAGAUAUGUCAUCCUGAAUGGCGUAAAAUACAAAAUGUUGCGCUCACGAGCCUACAACAGCCAAUGGUAUUGCAUCACACCUAAUUGUCCAGCCAACAUAACCAUUGAUGAGCUCAAGGGUGGUCUAAUUUUGAUUGGAUCCAGACACUCAUUUGACUGUCGCGAACAAUACUCAACCAAAACGUGUUGAUAUCACUGCAUCAUUCAAUUAUAAACACAAAACAUAAAUAUACUUACUUGUACUAUAAAAGCAUAGUUGUAGUAGUAAGCGCAAAGUCAUUUAAUUAAAGGUGAAAUUUAUCUAAACU